UCCGGCUUCCUCCCUGACCACCGCACCUCCAACGUUCUCCUCUCCCGCCUCCUCCCCUCUCGAACCCCGCACCGAACUUGGGCUUGUGCCCUUUCUUUGAUCCAAGCUAACCACGGCUUUGUUCCCUCCAUUGUCACCUAUCACCGCUUAAUGGAUCACUUUUGCAGGUUCGGUCAACCCCAACAAGCACACAUACUGUUCUUUGACAUGAAGGGUAGAGGGCAUUACCCCAAUGUGGUUUCUUAUACUACUCUCAUUAAUGGGUACUGCUUAAUUGGUGGAAUUGGUGAUGCCCGCAAGGUGUUUGAUGAAAUGCUUGAUAGUGGUAUUGCGGCAAAUUCUUUGACUUAUAGUGUUUUAGUCGGCGGGUUUCUUAGGAAGAAGGAUAUAGAAGGAGCAAAGGGAAUGAUGUGCCAGUUAUGGGAGAAGAUGAGGGUUGAAAGGGAGGCUUCGAUGAAGAUGGCAGCCUUUGCGAAUUUGGUUGAUUCUCUGUGUAGGGGAGGGUUCUUCAAUGAAUUGUUUAGGAUAGCCGAGGAGUUUGCAUUAGGGGGCAGUUUGUGUGAGGAGGUUGCAUAUGGACAGAUGAUAGAUUCACUCUGCAAGGUUGGGAGGUAUCAUGUGGCUGCUAGGAUUGUGUAUAUAAUGAGGAAGAGAGGAUUAGUUCCGAGUGUAGCAUGUUAUAAUUAUAUUAUACAUGGGCUUAGCAAGGAUGGUGAUUGUAUGAGAGCUUAUCAGUUAUUAGAGGAAGCUAAAUUUGGAUUCUUGCUUUCUGAGCAUACCUACAAGGUGUUGGUGGAAGCUCUUUGCCAAGUGCUAGAUGUGGACAAGGCAAGGAAAGUUCUUGAACACAUGCUAAGUAGGGAAGGCGUCAACAAGAAUAGGAUUUACAACAUCUAUUUAAGAGCUCUUUGUAUUGUGAAUAAUCCAACAGAACUCUUGAAUGUGCUUGUGCUCAUACUUCAAAGCCAGUGUCAUGCAGAUGUGAUCACACUUAACACAGUUAUCAAUGGAUUUUGCAAGGUGGGGAGGAUUGAUGAAGCUCUAACGGUAUUACAGGACAUGUUGAGUGGUAAAUUUUCCGCUCCCAAUGUUGUGACCUUCACUACUAUAAUUUCUGGUUUAUUGGACACUGCAAGAGUUGAUGAAGCUGUUGAGUUGCUCCAUAAAGUAAUGCCUGAAAAUGGUGUAAGACCGAGUGUUGCGACAUAUAAUGCUUUUCUCCGAGGCCUAUUCAAACUAAAGAGGCCAAAUGAUGCAUUGAGGGCCUUCAAUAAUAUGGCAAGUAAUGGCAUUACUGCAGAUAGUACCACUUAUACUGUUGUGGUAGAUGGUCUAUGUGAAUCUAACCAAAUAGAUGAA